AUGUCUUAUAUUCUCUCUCCAAUCUCACCAUCACCUGUUGAAUUUCCUGAUGAAUCCAAAUGGAAGGAAAGAAAUGAUCGUCAGCUUCGUUUGUGGGGUGUUCACGGACAGGCUCGUAUUGAUUCCGCAAAAGUCUGCUUGUUGAAUGCUACUGCUGUCGGAUGCGAGGUCCUGAAGAAUAUUGUUUUGCCUGGUUUUGGAAACUUCUCUGUUGUUGAUGCUCAAAAAGUAUCGCCAAGAGACUUGGGAAGAAAUUUCUACUUGAGGAAGACUGAUUUGGAUAGAAAUAGAGCAGAGGCUGUCUCUGAAGUUCUCGCCGAGUUGAACCCUGAAGUGAAAGGUCAAUUCCUUGCUGAAGAUCCAGUGGUUGUCAUUGAGAAAUCUCCAGAAUUCUUUGAUCAAUUCAACUUUAUUAUUGCUUCACAAAUGCCAACCCAUCAAGUUGAGAAAUUUGCCAAAUAUUGUUAUGAUAAGAACAAGGUUCUUGUUUGUGUUCGUUCCUAUGGUAUGAUUGGCUAUUUACGUAUUGUUACAACACAUCAUACAAUUGUUGAAGCAAAAUUAGAUACACAAAUUGAUGAUCUCCGUAUUACAAAACCAUGGCCUGAUUUUAUGAAGUUCUGUGAUCUUCAAGAUCUCGAUGCCAUGGACAAUAAUUCCCUAGCUCACACUUCAUAUCCAAUUUUGUUGGUCAAAUCGUUGAAGCAAUGGAUGGCCACCCACAACAAUCAAUUACCUCAAAGCAGACAAGACAAGGAAGAUUUCCAAAAUGUAAUCAAGGGAUUAUCCAAAUCAUGGAGUGUCUUGACAAACUUUGCUGAAGCCAUUGACAAGGCUCACUUUUGUUACUCUGAGCCAUCCAUUCCAGAUAAUGUGUUGGCAGUUUUCCAAGAUAAGCUCUGCUGCAAUCUCACAAAAGAUUCUGAUGAUUUUUGGAUCAUGUCUGCAGCUGUGAAAAAGUUUACAGAGAAUGAAGGUCAAGGCCUCUUGCCACUCCAAGGACGUGUUCCAGACAUGCAUUCUGACACUGAACGAUAUGUCAAGAUGCAAUCACUUUUUAGAAAGAAGGCUCGUGCUGACAUGGAAAUUGUCAAGAAAUACAUGAAAGAAUUUUUGAAGCAAGUCGGAAGAUCUGAAGAUGAUAUUAGCGAAAUGGAUCUCAAGGAAUUUUGUAAGAAUGCUUGUUAUUUACGUGCAAUUCAUUACAGAUCAUUCGAACAAGAGUUAAAGAAUCCAAACAAGGAAGAGAUUCAAUCACAUAUGCAAUACAAUGAGGACUCAACAAUGCCAUUCUACAUUGUGUUGCGUGCUGCUGAUAGAUUUUUGGAAAAACACGGAAAUUAUCCUGGUCAAGACGACGAGAAUGUUGCUUCUGACACUGUUGAAUUGAAGAAGAUGGUCGAUGAGCUUUUGCAAGAAUUCGAAGUGACAGAAACUUGUCAUGACAUGGACAAGUACGUGGCUGAAAUGGUUAGAUAUGGUGGUUCGGAGCUUCACAACAUUUCUUCAUUGAUGGGAGGUGUGGCAGGUCAAGAACUGAUCAAGUUGUGUACCAAGCAACGUAUUCCAAUGAACAACACAUGGGUGUUCUCUGGAAUUAGAUCAGUUUCCAUUGCUUUUGAGGCUUAA